UUCCGGAAGUUCCUCUCAAAAUGCUGAAGUGCUGUGUGGAAGUGGCCGGGGCUGCGGGAGUUGGAGUCGGUCCUCGGGCCUGAGCCUCGAGGCCGCGCUCCCGGGUGUCGUUGAUGUUCGGGGCCGCCGGACGUCCAGCGAUCGGAGCCGCCGCAGCCGCCGGGAAGAGCUGGCAUUUCAGUAGAACAAUGGAAGAGCUUGUUCACGAUCUUGUCUCUGCACUGGAGGAGAGCUCUGAGCAAGCUCGAGGUGGAUUUGCUGAAACGGGAGAACAUUCUCGCAAUCUGUCCUGCCCACUGAAACGCCAGGCCAGGAAAAGGAGAGGAAGGAAGCGGAGAUCCUACAAUGUUCACCACCCAUGGGAGAGUGGCCACUGCUUAAGUGAAGGCUCUGAUUCCAGUUUAGAAGAGCCAAGUAAGGACUAUAGAGAGAUCCACAACAACAAUAAGAAAGACCACAGUGACUCUGAUGACCAAAUGUUAGUGGCCAAGCGUCGGCCAUCUUCAAACUUGAACAACAGUGUCCGAGGUAAACGACUUCUGUGGCAUGAGUCUGACUUCGCUGUGGACAACCUUGGGAACAGAACUCUCCGCCGGAGGAGGAAGGUAAAGCGCAUGGCCGUGGACCUCCCGCAGGACAUCUCCAGCAAAAGGACCAUGACCCAGCUUCCUGAAGGCUGCAGAGAUCAGGACAUGGACAACGAUAGGGCUAACCAGUAUUCAGAGUUUACCCGGAGUAAAGUUAAGAAAAGGAAGUUGAAAGUGAUUAGACAAGGACCAAAAACCCAAGAGGAAGGAGUACUGUUGGAAAGUGAAGAAGUAAGCCACAGCAAUAAAGACAAAAUGGAGUACGAAGAACAAAAAGUCUCCGAUGAGCUCAUGAGUGAAAGUGACUCCAGCAGUCUGAGCAGUACUGAUGCCGGCCUGUUCACCAAUGAUGAGGGACGACAAGGUGAUGAUGAGCAGAGUGACUGGUUCUACGAAAAGGAGUCAGGAGGAGCCUGUGGUAUUGCUGGAGUCGUGCCCUGGUGGGAAAAGGAAGAUCCUGCAGACCUCGACAAAGACUUACCUGACCCAGUGUUUGAAAGUAUCCUGAGUGGCUCCUUCCCGCUCAUGUCACAGCCUGGCAGAAGAGGUUUCCAAGCUAGACUCAGUUGCCUUCAUGGAAUGCCUUCAAAGAAUAUUAAAAAAUCUGGAGGGUCUCCGCCUUCAAUGGCUACAAACUGGACCAGUGAGAUUCCCCUAUAAGCCAAAUCUUCUAAUGCUAAUAAAUUAGUUACGUUUUGAACAACUGGGGAAUGGCAUUCGAGGGAACCUGGCUCCUGUCCUCUUCCCCGGAGGAAUACACUGAAGUGCGAGCCUCUUUGAUGCAGACCUGGGGCUGUUUUUGCUACAGGACUGGUGUUCUUUCUUUUAGCCAGAAGUGAAUCUGACUGGGGUGGCCUCCCUGAGAUGUAGGCUAGAUACAAACUACUGUAUAUUUUAUCUACUUUUUCUUUUAUGGUUUUUAACAUUGGAUCUAUUUCUGUAUUGCUUGCUUUGCCAAAUGCUAACAAAUGAUAGAAAGUUGAAAACAAUAUUUAAACCAAGUAUAAUUGGUUAAGAUUCAGUUUUAAUAUCUGACUGUUGUAAAUAAAAAAUUAUGUGUUGCCAUAUAUGAUUCAUUUUUAAAGAAGUCUUUUAUACCAGCAUUAUUUAAAACAAUUGUGUUCUACUCAGGAUAUUUUAAUAAGGGCUGAUGUAAGUAAUAGGUGAGGUUGAUAAUCUUUGCUCAAGUUUAUCUUUUGUUCAAUUUACUUGGUACUUGGAUAACUGUUCUGUAUUGUAAUCCUAUUGUUGUAGUUUAUGUUAUACUACAAGAGUCAUCUACCUCUAGAACAGCAUGGUGAGGACAGUAUAGUCUGCAUUACAGAGUCAUCUGCUGUCACAGUUUCGGUGGUGUGUGUCUGACUCUAGGCACAGCUGCCUCACUGGCUUGGAGUUUGAGAUCACGUGAAACGUGUGUUUUAACAAUACUACAUGACCGAAUCUGUCAAAUCUAAAGCAAGAUGCUGUUCAUCCUUAGGAUGGCAGACCAUGAGUGCCAUUGAGUUUUACAAAUACUUGCGUAAGCUCAUUUUCACCGAGCAGGGAGGAAAUAAAGUAUUUCCAAUGGUGGUAUAAUUCUUACAUUUUACCGGUUCAAGCCAUUUGUGUUCAUGAAAAUGGCUUUUUUUUAAAUGAUUAAUAUUUUCUCAAAUUCCUACAAGUGAUAAAGUCUUUGUGGUUUAAUGUUUUCAUAUUGUAUGGUUUAGUUUUAAUGGCAUUCAUUUAAUGGCUAAAGUAAAUAUGAUGGGAAAGGAAACUUAAAGAUGACAUUGCUUUUACCUAAGAUUAUUGUGGUAUGAAAACUUUAAAAAUGAAGUAACCAGGAAUGUAAGACAGCAUCUCUGGAGAGAUCGAAGAUGACACAGUGCAAGUUGCGCCCUCUGACCUUCCCACUUUUAAAGUGCAAUGGUAUUCUUAAUGAUUGUAGUGAGGAUUUAUACUGUGUCUCAGAGCAACAGUCUGUGUUUUUCCUGAAUUACAGACAUGCUUUUGUGUUGUGUGGUCACUGUCCUUUAGGUCUGUAUAAGUCACUGUCACCCAGCCUGUGGACUUUGCCUCGGCAGUCUUGAGUCUGGACGAGUGCUAUCUCAUUCUUGGCUCAGUUUUACCUAUUUUUAUUUUUGGCCCACUGCUUGCUUGAGCAUAGCUGGGAUUUGUAGCCCAUUUUCUAGGCUUAUUGCAGUCUCACUGUGGUACUUUAUAGAAGCUAUUACACUGAUAGGCUAGCUUCAUGCUGUUGAUGACACAUGGCUUCACCAUACGGAAAGCCGCCUUCCCUGUCUUAAGUUGUAACUAGAUGAUUAGACCUCACUUCAUGGAGAUAUUCUGUAUGUGUGUUUAACAUGAAACGAGUGUGUUAGGCCAUGAUGUAUUCUCCUGGUCAAAAUUUUACUGCAACUAGAGGACUCCUUAAGGUUUUCUUUCUCAACCCUGAAUUGUCCUUGUUUAAAUUCUUACUAUAUAUUUUCCCCCAUUGAAAUCUCUGACUUGGGCAAGACAGGUAAGAUUUUCAGUUUCUGCUGAUAUUUUUUUCAGUUCUCUCUGGUUUUGCACAUAAUAUACAUAGCUUUCUACCUUAAACACUUUUAACCUGUUAAGGUAGUCAUCAUUAAGGGGUAUCGGUUAUUUAUUGUAAUAAGAAAUUAAAUUCAGUUAGUGUAGAUUCACACUGGACGCCAAAGUGUAUUUAAGAAAGAUUAAUGUUAUGGGCAGAUUCCAACCUGUAUAGCUCCAACCCAUUAAGCAGAAUGGCAGCAGAGGGUCUUAAGUGGGUAAAGCGAUUCCUGCACACAUACAGUGAUGAAGUGCAUUUGGAGGAAAUGGCAGCGGGAAACUCGCUGAAGUAUGGGACGUUCUCAGUUGAUUGUCCUUAUUCCAUAUAGGCGUAUUCAGUGAAGUCAUUGUGCUUCCUUAAGGAAUAGGAAACCAUUGUUCUCAUCAGCUGCUGCUAUAUAAUGUUACAUGUGUAUUUAUGUUUAAAGGUAUUUGCUCUGUAUUGCUGAUUCAUGAUCAUGGAACUUGUGAAUAACAGUACCAAAAAAGGCUGAAUAAGGCAUCUCUAACGUGUAUUUUGUCCAGAAGGUUCACUGUGCUUUUCUCGUGCUUAGGAACAAUGACAGACUUCUUUCAGCCUGAAUUUGGGGCCACCAUUGAAAGCAGUAAAAUAACCAGAAAAAGCACAGAAAUAUUAAUUAGCUAGUACUUAGUAGCUCAUACAAAGGACACUUGUUUACAGAAUGAGAACUGCAGUAAGGAGGCCGGGUCCUUUUCAGAUGAGAGUGCUCAUUUGUGAGGGAGCUCAGAUCUUUCAAUGUUGUGCACACACCCAUGAAUUAUCUGUAAAGAUUCUGAGUAUUGGCUUUCAGGUUACAAAUAAAUUGUAGCUGGUUGAUAAUUUUUCAGAUUCAGAAUCUGCAAGGAGGAACAAGAAAACAGUGGUAUUGUAGAUCACUGGUUCUCAACCCGGGAGUCUUGACUCCCACAGGGGCUGCAUAUCAGAUAUCCUGCAUAUCAGACAUUUACAUUAUGAUUCAUGACAGUAGCAAAAUUAGUUAUGAAGUAGCAAAGGAAUAAUUUUGUGGUUGGGGGUCACCGCAACGCAAGGAACUGUACUAAAGAGUCACAGCAUUAGGAAGGUUGAGAGCCACUGUUGUAGAGUAUUAAAGACCUUGAAGUCAUGUGUUUUUGAAUUCAUGGUGGGUCUCAGUAUUACUUGGACAUUGUUUACUUAGCAGAAAUGUUAUCAGGCUUAAAUGAGGUAAACGUAAUAGGCUAGGUCCAUCUUUGGCACAUAGUAUAUGAUAAUAAAUGAUAACUGCUGCUGUUACUGCAGUUAAUAAACAUAUUAGCCAGUAUUGCAGCUUACAUUUUUAUCGUCAAUCUAAGUGUAGAAUUUGACCUUAAACUUUUUGAUUCAUAAUUUACAUAUAAUUUGAUAUUACCUUAAUAGAGUUGUUUUUUUUUAAUAGACCUUUAGGUUUCUUUUGUAUCUUAUUUAUGUUUGAUCUGACUUCUUUAAUAUAGUCUAGAGAAUUUUUCUGAAUGAAUUUUUGGUUAUGGUUAUCAAGUACUCAAAAUUGAACUGUAAGAUAUACAGCCCAUUUCUUUUAAGUCCCCUUCCUCCAAAUCAUUUAGACUUUAUGAGGUUUGAAUCCAGUCUUGUUUUCUCUCUCUCUCUCUCUAUAUAUAUAUAUGUAUAUAUGUGUAUAUAUAUAUAUAUACAUAUAUAUAUAUAUAUUUGAGAUUACAUGUCCUGAGAAUUUGCUGUUGAUGAGAACUACUUGGCUGGGCAUGGUGGUACAUACUAGUAAUACCAGCACUUGAGAGGCAGAGGCCGGAGAAUCAGGAGUUAAAAGAUCAACCUUGACACCAGCAAACUUGAAGUCAGCCUGUAUCAUAUGAGACCCUGUCUCAGAACAGAGAAUCACUACUGUUGUCUGGUUAGAAACUCCAGUUUCUUGGUGCUCUGAUAGCCAGCCUUUUACUACCUAAUUUUAGGAGAAUAGUUAACUUCUAUGGAAUGACCUAGGGGCUUCACUAAGACCCUGAAUUUCUGAUAUUUAUAGACUUUAUUUAUUCAUUAAGUGCAACUCAGAAUGAUAACACAGUAAUGGAAUCAAGUUCAAGGAGGCUAUCCUUACAGCAUGAGUUCAAGUACCAUUACUAAAGGGCAGCUUUCCAUGUAGCCAGGAUAGCCUAUUCUGUGUGUUUUGAACAGGGUUAUCUAACUGUAUACCCCUGACUGGCAUGGAACUCACUAUGUAGCCCAGACUGGGUUUGAAUUCACAGAGAUCUGCCUGCCUCUUGUUAGUGCCGAGACUAAAGGUGCAUACCAGCUUCAGGACAUCCGCUUCUGAGUAUUCUAGUGGAUCUAUGUCUUUUGUGGGUGAGAGAGCUUUUUAAAGUCUGUUCUUAUUUUGUCUUGAACUAAUGAUUCAUCCAUAGGCUUAAUAUCCACUAAACUUAUUCAAGUUGUAAAGACUGCUGAAAGAUUGAGAAAGACAUGUUAAAACACAAUAUUUGAAAAUUAGUAUUAUGUAAGACAAAGUGGUAAGAUAGUGGGCUUUGUUUAAAAGUUUUAUGGUUGCUUGAAGACCAGUUUUUGUGUGAUUAUAACAUGUAAGAUACUGACGGUGUUUGUCAAGAAAUGAAUCUGAUUUAGUUGAUUUCUUAGGCCUACAUUUUCAAGUUUACGUUGCACAAAGCCUGAAUGUUAUCCCUUAAUAUAAAAUGUCAUGUCACAUUCUUCAUACUUAGAGUACCUGGUGUCACUCAGAGCAGAGGAGGUGUUAGCUGUUCUAGCCCUUGAGGCAGUUCAUGCAGAGGCCGCCCGUGAAUGACUGUUGUAGGUAUUAAUUGAAUUAGUUAAUGAAUUUAUGUUGACAGUGGCAAUCUUACUGUAGUGAACUCUUUGUGUCCCACUCAGUGUUUGUGGUGCAGUUUCUUAAGAUUUGAGAGUAGCAACAGUUAGGCCUUUUAUAGCCUUUUACUGAGAAGGCCUGUUUUAAAUGGAAUUGGUUUGAAUAAGGGAUUUUAAAUAACCCGUUUUCUUAGACUAGUCAAAGAGAGUUUAUGACAGAAAAUAAAUCUAAAAUGAUGUAAAAUGAUGUAAAAUGCAGCCUGUGUUCUGCAACUAUAUUUUGCUUAUAAGGUGACUAUUAUCUAAGCUUUUUUAGUGGAAUUCAGCAGCUGAAUCCUUUAUUAUCACCUACUGCCUGGUAAUUUGUAUUCCUAGAACAUUUUUUGGAGACUUUGGAGAAUAUAUGUUUAGAGAGUUAUAUGUUCAGUAUGCUAAUUAUGUUAAUUUCAUUUUUCUUCUCAACAUCAGCUUGAGAUCUAAAUUUCAAGGUAUUUUAAUCGUAGAAAUUUUUGAGAUAAAAUUGGUUCUGUAUUAUGGAAAAGUACAAAUUAAUAAAAUGAUAGCAUUGUUAUAAGAAAUCUAGUAGUGUCUGUUUGCUUUUCGUUUUUUAUUUUGAUGUUAUUUUAUAUUUUGUAAAUAUUUAAUAACCAUAAUUGAUAAUUGAAAAUGUAAGUCUCAUAAUAUUUUAUACCAUCUAAUUGAAUAGGAUCAACAUUAAUACUUAUAUUCUUGGAUUAUCUUCUAUUAAAUGUGAAGAAACAUUAUAUAUUUAGUGGUGUAUAGUAGUAUAUUCCCUCAUUCAUUUAAUUGCAUCUGAAUGCUUAUGUUCUCUAUAUAGUUGAAAACUUUAACAGCACAUAAAGGUAAUCAAUUAUGAUGUUUAAUGGUACAAAAUGUGACCCCAUAUAUUUUUCCAUAGAUUAAAAUAUUUAUGCUUGCCUCUCAUGAUUAAUUUAGAUUAGGUGUAGCUUCAUUUGUUGCAAUUUGGAUUUGUGAUCUUUAAAAUAGUGGAAGUAUGCCAUGGAAAGUGCAUAUAACAAUGCUGGUAUGUGCUAGAUUCUUUCUGUGUACUGUUUAUACACUUAAAUUAAUACGAUUAACAUUCCUAUAAUGUAGGUUUGUGUUCAAUUCUUAAAUUGUUUUUCCUUUGGUAAACCAAAAUUAAUAAGAUUUGAAAGUUUCUUUAUAUUGCUGUCAUGUUGCUAAUAAAUAUAAAUAAAUUCUCUCCCUAAAGAAGUGGUCAUUUCUGUUUAACAUAUUUAAGUGUGAGUUGUGUUAAAAUAGCCACCGCAGUCUUCACUAGCGUGAACAGCAGCUGAGGUCAUGAUGUGCUGGAAUAAGUAUUUAUGGCUUCCAUUGGAUUAAUAAUUGGCUCCUGGUAUAUUCUUACCUUUAAUGUUGUCCACUUCUAAUUUUCUCUUCUCCAUCUUCAUUUACUUUCCUCCUUUUCCUUCCAAGGAAAGUAAUCUUUCUUCUUAUAUUGCUACAUUUGUUCAACUAUGAUGAAAUCAUUUCCUAUGUUUAUUGUCUUUUUUGAAGCCACUUGGUAAAAUUCUGGGAAGAUAUGCUCAGGAUGCCUUAGUUGAUCCCUAAAGAAUGAGUUCAAGCUCACUAACUCACCUUCAGCAGGCAAUGGCAGGCAUGAAGGCAUAGUCAGGGCUCGAGUCUCACAUACUAUGGACUAGACAGCUUGCUUAGAUAAAAAUGGAGGGGCAUAUAGCAGAAUUUAGAUAAAUAGGGCAGGAAUUAGAUCAAAGUCCAGAGUAAUCUUGUGUGGCCAUGUCAGCCCUGGCCCUACUGAUAGGUGCAUAGAAAGUAGGUUAGGUAAUUGUAAAAUAAGAUUAUUACAGAUAUAAGUUCUGUUCUAUUUCUCCAUUAAGUAUGAGCCAGAGGGGACUGAGCCUUAAUUUACCAUUUGAAUAUUUUGUCUUAAUAUGUGAGUGGUGUCCAUUUAUUCGACAAAGUUUGGUCAGUACUGUCUACACCAGUUUGAAAAAUGCUAUUACUAUUUGCCUGUUAAGCUGUGAAUUAGACUAACAUGGCAUUUCUUGUUUGGAGAAGAAUAAGCAGAUAAAAGUAGCGUGGUGUUUGGGGAGACAUUGACACACAAUUAGAAGGCAGGAGGAUAAUUGCAGGAAAUGGAAGUUAUUGAGUAAAAUUUGUAGACUGCAGUGAUUCUCAGCCUUAGCUCAGCUAGAGCCAUUACUCAGGUCACUCUGACCUAACCGCUGAUCUAAGGGAAAGUGCAAGCAUGUACGUUCCUCACACCUGUUUCUUCAGCAGCCUGGAUUGGCAUCAACAAAUCUUGUUAAGUGGUAACUAUUUAUAUGGACUGUCAGGUUUAAUGUAUAGUCAUAGUGAUUAUACCAAAAGUUAGUAAGAGUGUAUGUUCUCCUCUGCCCUAUGGCUACUCAGACACCAUACCUUCUGUAUUAAAAAACAAAUUGUACUACAGCAGUAUGAAUUCUUAGGUCACUCUUAGGGAAAUGGCUUCAGAUUAAUUUUUUUAGGUAUCUAUAGACUUUUGUUUGAAACAGUCUCAUGUAGCCUAAGCUGGCUUUGAACUUGCUGUUGAGACAAGGAUGUCAUCCACCUUUCAAGUGCCUUAUCACAAACACACAUCUCUACACACCCUACUAUCUUUGGACAGACUCCAUGAUGAAUCUUUAAAAACGUGGAUUUUAAAUCAGCAGGUGGUAUCUGUUUAUGUGGAUACAGAUUCUUUGUGUGCCUCAGUCUGCCAUCAGCUUUCCGUCAAGCACUGGGCUGGCCUCUAGUUUAUUGUCUUUCCUUAGAAUAUAGUGCUGCCGUUAUAGGUGUAAUCUACCAUGUCUGACUAUGUUUAAGUCU